CGAGUGUUCGAAAGUUACCCGGGCAAGUUAAAUCCAAAGGUAAAAAUUAAAAGUAUUACACGACGAGAAAAGUAAAAAAAAUAAUAAUAAAACAGAAAAUGUCUUUGUUUUCACUGACCCAACUUCAUGCGAAGACAUCACUGGAGUCAGAUGCGGCCAGACAGAAAUGCCCACACCACAAUCAUUCCACUAAUACCACCAACGAAUCCAACAGCGAUCCCCCCACCGAUUUCCCAUGUCGGAGACUGAUAUCUCCGCCGUCGCCGUCGCCGGAGAACGAGGCUCGUCGUCUACGCCGAUAAUGAACUUAGCCCAGGACCAUCUCUUCGCCAUCCUGCAUCUUCUCCCCGUAGAUUCUAUCCUCUCCUUCUCCAUGACCUGCAAGAGAUUCCGAGAUCUUGCUUGCUCCGACGGUCUCUGGGAAGCAGUUUGCCGGCGGAAGUGGGGCCCGGCGACUGUGGAGGCCCUGAAGUCCUCUUCUCGAGAUGGGUUUGCGUGGAUGAAGCUGUUCGAGCGAGUUCGCAAGCUGGAUUCGGUCUGCUGUCACGUAAUCCCGAACCCAGAUGCGGAAUCUUUGUUGCCGAGCCCUAGAGCUUCUCAUUCUCUCAACUUCGUCACUGAUUAUCUGGUUCUGUUCGGCGGUGGAUGUGAAGGAGGACGCCAUCUUGAUGAUACAUGGACUGCUUAUGUUGAUGAGAGCAAUCACAAGAUGUUGAAAUGGAAAAAAGUCGAUUUGGGCACUCCGAGCGGGAGAUUCGGCCACACCUGCAUCGUCGUCGGACAGCAACUCAUUCUAUUCGGAGGAAUAAAUGACCGUGGUCAUCGUUACAACGAUACAUGGAUCGCGAGAGUGACUUUCCACGAGGAACUAUCAUGGAAGUUGCUCAAUGUCGGACCUGUUAUACCGCCUUGUCGUGGUGCUCAUGCCGCCUGUUGCAUCGGCGAGAAGAAGAUCGUUAUCCAUGGUGGGAUCGGAUUGUUUGGAGUCAGACUUGGGGACACAUGGGUUCUAGAACUUUCCGAGGACAUGAACUCGGGGACAUGGCGCCAGUUGGUGUCUCAUCCAUCACCGCCACCUCGGUCAGGACACUCCUUGACCUGCAUCAGGGACAACCAAGUAGUUCUGUUCGGAGGGAGAGGGUCGGGAUACAAUGUUCUCGACGAUGUCUGGCUCCUGGAUAUUCAAGAACAUUCCAAACGAUGGAUACAGAUAUUCUACGAUUUCAAGAACGUGCCCGCGAGUUCUUCAUUGCCGAGGGUUGGUCACUCGGCAACGCUGAUAUUAGGAGGCUGGCUGCUGAUUUACGGGGGUGAGGAUUCGUACAGGCACAGGAAAGACGAUUUCUGGGCAUUUGAUGUUAACACCAUUCCUGCCACUGGUCUGCAGCCACCAGCGGUUAGCCUUAACGGGUCAUCAGCAUGGAGAAGGCUCAACGAGAUUUCUUACAGGCCAAAGUGUCGGUCUUUCCACCGGGCUUGCGUUGAUCGGUCAGGACGGUAUGUUUACAUGUCUGGUGGGAUGGUUGACGGAUUGCUUCAGCCUGCGGCAUCAUCAGGUCUUAGGUUUGGUGGUGAGCUUUUCAUGGUGGAACUUGUUCUUGGACUCUAGCCACCGACCAAAGACAUGGACAGAAACCUGAAAAAGGGCUUUACAGUAAAAGUUUGGUCUUGUCUUGUGCUUUAAGGCCUCUGAUGUAAUGGUUCAAGUUGUACUAAAAUGGCAGGUUUGUGUAAAAAAAAAACCGUAUGCAUUCCUCUUGUAAACAAGAAAUGGUUUCUGUCAUGAACAAUAUUACUGUACAAAAAAAAAUACAAGCUCUGCCCUUAUAACAAUUAAAAAAAAAAACAGAUCA